UCCCUUGGCCAUCAUCAUCAUCGUCAAUCCCACCAAUAAACAAAACUAAAACCAGCGAAACAACACAAAUCCGAAAGGUGGUGGGUAUUGGCAGUUUGACGCGUGGGACCCCAAUCCACCGUGUCAUUUGGCUGUUUCAAUCCUUAGCCCCCAGUUUUCAAUUUAAUAUCCUGUUGGUAAAUCCACACAUCUCUCUUCUCGUUUUCAUGCUUUUGGAUCUUCCCUCGAUUCUCUCAUUAUUAGCCCACAGCUAAUUAUUUUUGAGUUCUCACGCCAUUUUCCCCCCUUUAAUCUCUUAUAAUUUUCUGCAAUUUUUUCAAUGCCCUUUUGAUUCCUACAGUGCAGUCUUCGUCUUGUUUGUUUCUUUCACUCAAGUUUCCUGUAUUAGUUCCCACUUUCUAUGAUUUAUUAGAUCUGAUUUUGUUCUCUAUGUCUUCCCGUGGUUUUCAAAUUUGGCAACUUUUUUCCCCUUUACUUAGAUCUGAUUGUAUGAUUUUUUGAUUGAAAAAAAUCAAUCUAAUUGCGUUGGAAUACUAAAUUAUCGUGUUUAUGGUGUUUGCAUUUGUGCGUAUCUCUUAAAAAUAUUGAAUGUGGCUCUAAUUUCUCUUCGCGGAACAUUGUAUUCUGGGUUUCUUUUAAUUGAACCAAAAUCUGACAAAGUUCAAUCCUUUUGUGCGUUUGAGUUUCUGGGUGUCUGUCAAAAAAUGGUGACAGUCAAUCUAGGAAUGCUCCAUUACGUGCUUGACCACAUUUAUGGAGGAUUUAUGCAUAGAACCAAAAUAAGCCCUCCAUUCUUUUCCAGAGGAUGGGGUGGCUCAAAGCUUGAGCUCUUGGAGAGAAUGAUCAAGCAGCUAUUCCCUGAAGUGGAGAGCCAGAAUUGGACUCCGAGUUCGAUACAGCCCAUUUGGCGAACAGUUUGGGAGACCCAAACUGCUUCUUUAAGAGAAGGGAUCUUUAAGACCCCUUGCGAUGAGCAGCUCCUUAGUGCUUUACCUCAUGAAAGUCAUACUGCAAGGGUUGCUUUUCUUGCACCGAAAUCCAUCUCUCCACAAAAGAUGGCUUGUGUGGUUCAUCUUGCAGGCACUGGAGAUCAUUCAUUUGAACGAAGAUUGCGUCUUGGUGCACCAUUGUUGAAGCAAAACAUUGCAACCAUGGUGCUGGAGAGCCCUUUCUAUGGACACAGACGCCCUAUGCUGCAGCGUGGUGCAAAACUCUUGUGUGUUAGUGACUUGCUAUUAUUAGGCAGAGCAACCAUUGAGGAGACACGCAGUCUUCUACAUUGGCUUGACUUCGAGGCAGGGUUUGGCAAGAUGGGUGUUUGUGGAUUUAGCAUGGGGGGAGUACAUGCUGCAAUGGUUGGAUCACUGUACCCCACACCCGUUGCAACCCUUCCUUUUCUCUCCCCACAUUCUGCUGUUGUGGCAUUCUGUGAGGGGAUAUUGAGGCAUGGCACUGCAUGGGAUGCACUGAGAAAGGAUCUUGCAGUUCAAGAGACUGCAAUGACUCUAGAGGAGGUGCAAAAACGGAUGCGAAAUGUAUUGUCUCUCACAGAUGUCACGCGCUUUCCAAUUCCUAAGAAUCCCAGUGCUGUAAUAUUUGUUGCUGCAACUGACGAUGGCUACAUACCAAAACAUUCUGUUUUGGAGCUUCAAAAGGCCUGGCCAGGUUCAGAGGUGAGAUGGGUUACUGGAGGCCAUGUUUCAUCUUUCCUUCUUCACAAUGAUGAGUUUCGCAAGGCCAUUGUUGAUGGGCUGAACAGAUUAGAGUGGAAAGAGUCUCCAUUGUAAUAGUAAUCACAUAUAAAGAAGUCCACUAUUAUUUUCUUCAUUAAUCUUCUUCUCCCUUAAUUCUUGAUAAGCUUUGUAAAAUGUACAACUGAUAGUGAUAUCUGUGAAUGACCCCUGCAGGGAAAAAAGGGUGUUAUGUGAAUGAGUUACUUGUUUCUCUUUAAUCUCCAAAGGAACUUUUUUACUUGAA